UGUUCCAGCGGCAAAGAGAAGGACGAGGGCGGACCCAAACCAUCUCGUGGGGAAAACGCGUGACUUGAGUUUCAAGCACUUCAAUUUUUUUUUAAUAUCAUCUCCAAAUCCUUUCUUCCCCUCUCUCUGCCUCUACCGUCAUUUGGUGUGUCGUUUUCCAUCCAUUACUGGAGACCUUCAUUUGUUCUAGUCUGCUGUUAUUCCUAUAUAUCAAGUUCGAGGUGCAGAGCGGCCAGCCUGGGUAUGACCUGUCUCUCUUUAGAAUUCUGCUCUCUCUGGAUCAAGCCACGGGGGGUUAUCACUUUCGUUAGUCUUUGCCCCAACGAAUACUAGACUAGAUGCCAUCAGAGAUGGCAACAGACCGGGAAGUAGAGGCAGAUUCGGACGCCCCUAAUGAGCAGAGUAGCGUUGCACAAACAAGUAUUGGGUCCAGACCUUACCGAGAGAGUCUUUCCAAUACGAUCCGUCGUGACUCUUGAUUCGUCUUCGCCGUCGCCUCAGCAUUCUCCCACUCUGACCAGUCCAGGCAGUCCGAUUCUAAGAGUGGAAGAAGGGCUCUCAGGCUGUAUCACAAAUGCUGUCAAGACCCUGAACCAGGAAUUUCCGGCUUCGUUAGAUAAAACAGAUGAAUUGCAUAACCUGGAUGUUCUGCAGGCAGAACCCUUUCAGAAGAGCAAGGAAGACAGUCACGGACCGCUAAUGGUUCGAAGAACGUCGAAGGCGGGUCUCGUGUUUUCUGGUAUUAGCUCUGUCAACGACUCAGCAUUAUGUAGCCAGAAUCCUCCGUCUGGAGACAUUCAUGGUGGCAGUCUUACUGGAAAUCGAGGUCUCCCCUGCGCAACGGAGACGAAGAAACAAUAUUCUACGCCGCUUAAAAUUCACUGCUUCGGAGCGCUGGUCGGUCUGCAGGAAACAGAAGGAAAACUCGAAACCAGGUUUGCGAGCAAUAACUCGAAGGCCAUCAUUGGACACUCCCCGGCGGAGUUGUUCCAAAUGUCAUCCUUUCUUGAUAUAUUGCCACAAGACCAGAAAGAGCUACUGCUGGUUCAUUUGAAGUUCGUAUCAAGUGCCAACUGGGACAUGGAGGAGAAUGGUCCCGAUUUUCUUACCCUGACGAUCCUCACGCCGGCCGGAGACAGGAAAGAAUUCUUCUGCACAAUGCACGCGGUACAAGCGUCUCCAUACAUUAUGCUUGAAAUCGAACCGGAAUUCGGCCCUUCAAAAGACCAGACGAUUGAAAGUCAACAACCGGACAGCGAAGACUGCUCAAACACGAGAAAUAACGAUUCCUAUGAAAAGAUACAGAAAUACUUGGAAGUAUUCCGGGACUUCAGAGAGCAACCUGAUCAAGCCCGGUUUAUCAAUUUGGUGUCAAAAAUCCAUCAAGUGAUCUCAAAUGUACAAAGCCUGGAUACCUUGAUCGACAGCAGUGCUCGUAUAUAUAAGGAAUUGACGGGGUUUCCUAUCGUGUCGGUAUGUCGAUUGGACGAUGCACAUGACCUCACUGUUGUCGCCGAAUUCAAAGAUCCAAAUAUUGAUAGCCCGGUACUAUCCCAAACGACUACAAAAGACUUUCUUCAACAAAAUCCAGGUCGACGUGGCAAGGUCGACAUUUUAUGCAAGCAAAGAGACGGUGUGACAGACCUGGUAUAUGGCAGCUCUAAGCACGCUCAGGACCCUGUCGAUAUCAGCUCCUGCUAUCUGUCAACAGAAGGUGUCUACCCUCACGAUGAGGGCUCAGCUGGGCUGUCUAUUUCCAUUAAAAUUACCGCAUUUGACAGUAUAUGGGGCGCAAUUAUCUGUCAAUCUACCGAUCCAACAGUGAAGGUACACCCUCUAAUCCGGAGAAUGUGCUGGCUCCUCAGCGAUGUUGUUUCAAGUAACAUUGCGCGAAUAUCGUGUACAGCACCCCUCAACAGCCAGGCAAUGGUUGACUUGUGUCCAACCGCAGGUUUCAGGUAUCUCCAGGAAUCCUCUUCCCCAGAAGGGAUGUUGGAUCUCUUUGAUGCCAAUUUUGCGGCAUUAUCCAUUUCAGGAGAGACGAAAAUACUGGGAAAGCCACCGGAUGCCCAAGAUGUACUAAUACUGGUGGAAUAUCUGAAACUGAAGAAAUUGGAUACCGUGGUCUGGUCCACAGAUAUCCGAGGCGAUUUCCAGGACUUAACUCACUCUCCUGGAUUUAGCUUGAUAUCAGGCAUUCUAUACGUUCCGCUGCUGGCGGAGGGUCGAGACUUUAUCAUAUUCUUCAAAGCUGGAAGUCCUAGGAGCAAGGAGUUGCUCUGCAAUACCGGUACACAAGAUCAAGGCGAGUAUUUCUCCGCUCAUCAUGAUAGCAUCUGCCAAAAAGGAUGGUCUCGAGUCAAUCUCGAUACCGCCUCUCUCCUAUCUGUCAUAUAUCGGACAUUCACCGAAACAUGGAAGCAAAAAGAGGCCGCGAUGCAUAGCACGCAGUUGAUGAGACUGCUGCUUGCCAACGCAGCUCACGAGUUCCGAACCCCAUUGAAUGCAAUCAUCAACUACCUGGAAAUUGCAUUAGAUGGCCCGCUAAAGCAGGAAACCCGGGAAAUCCUUUCCACAUCCCAUUCCGCGUCCAAGUCUCUGGUUUACAUCAUCAAUGAUCUUCUUGACCUCACACACGCUGAGAAUGGCAAGACUUUGAUCAAGGAUGAGAUCUUCAAUCUCUCGGAGACAAUCCGCGAAGCCAUGAAUAUUUUCGGUGCCGAAGCCGGGCAGAAGAACAUCAAGCUACAGAUCGUGGAACAUACGCGACUCCCCCUCGUGCUAGGAGACCAACGGCGCGUGCGGCAGGUCAUCACCAACAUGAUCAGCAACGCCAUCCAUUACACGUCCUCUGGAGCCGUGACAAUCGAGUCUACAGUCAUCCCCGGGCACGGGGACCCCAACUACAUGGGCAUUGAGGUCGCCAUCCACGAUACCGGAUCCGGAAUGCCCCAGGAGACCGUGGAAGCUCUUUUCUGUGAACUCGAGCAGGUCGAGACGCCGUCAACAUCGCCGCAAUCGCAAGAUUCCACCCCCGGGAAUACCGCCGACACGCCAUCCGACUCGAAGAAUGUCCUCGGCUUGGGCCUGGCACUUGUGGCUAGGAUCGUGCACAACAUGGAUGGUCAACUUACUGUCAAGUCUGAAGAAGGGAAGGGGAGCUGUUUCAGGAUUCGGCUGAAUUUUCCCGUGCCUGAAGGGGAGAAUCUCGACGAGAUAAUCCUAGAAGCUGGGUCUCCCCAUAUUGAGAGUAAAGUGUUAUGUGAGGAUUAUACCCUCAAGGAACAGGAGAACCAACCUCCAACGGCAGAGAAGAAGAAGCCCGGAAUCUCAACUACACAACUUGAAUCUUCUCCCGAGAAAAGAACAAGAGAUUCUCCUGAAAGAGACGAGGAUAGGAGGAAAAUCUCCGACUUGCCUUCUUCCACCGGGCUACAUGUUCUGGCCGCGGACGACGAUCCCGUCAACAGCACCAUUCUCCGCAAGCGACUGGAGAAAUUUGGACACACAGUGCACAUGACCGGCAACGGCAAGGAGUGUGCCUCUGUGCAUCGCGAGCAUCCCGGCCGCUUCGACGCCAUCCUGAUGGAUCUGCAGAUGCCGAUCGUGGACGGGGUGAGUUCGACGAAGAUGAUCCGGGAAUUGGAAGCAGAGGCAAGAGAAAAAGCCGCGGGCCGGAGUCCGGGUCGGAGGAUCCCCAUCUUCGCCGUCUCGGCCUCGCUGAGCGAGAAGGACCGCGAGCUGUACAUGGCCACUGGGUUUGAUGGGUGGAUGAUGAAGCCAAUCGAUUUCCACCGCGCGAACCAUCUCCUCAAGGGGGUCCGGCAGGUCGAUGUCCGCGAUCACUGUAUAUACCAGCCUGGCCAGUGGGAGAGUGGGGGGUGGUUUGAGAGGCAUGAUCUUUUAUAGACUUUCAUCCCUUGUAGAAAGCAAUUAGAUAAAUGUAUAUGAAUACUUCUAGAGGAACUGAGUUACAGCCAUUCCAAUCAAGAGAAUAUAAGUUAUCUAUCAAUAGGUCCAGGG